AUGCCUCCUCCGAUACUGGUUCCGCCGUACUUCCCCUCCGCCCCGGCUCCGAUAACCCCCACCACGAAUUUCUAUCCAUCUCUGCAAGACGACACCUCGACAACAGCCAGAAAGCAGUAUCCAGAGAUUACUUCAGAGGUCUCGGAUCACCGCUGGACUGCUCCCUUCAGGGACGGUCUGCCCACUCCCCCCGGCGAUAUGAAUGGGGUGGCCUACAAGUCUCUCCCACUGGCAAAUUAUGGAGGAAAACACAAUGGCAUCAUUCUUCCUCCCUACAUCAAGGCGCCGCGAUAUCCUCGCUCAGAUUAUGAAUCCUCUUCCGCCACGAUUCCGUCGAUCAAAUCGCACAGCCAGCCUUCUUCCCAGGAUGCUCCGGUGUCCGAACCUGUCAGUCAAAAGAAGUCGAGCCCAGCCUCUUAUCUACAGAUUCCGUCGUCAAUCAACAAAAGCAAAGGCAGCCUGUCUGAAUUCGCUGCUCAGAUGACAUGUCUGUUUUGGUUCGAAAGCACAUCCAAACUGAAGACGAUUGAAGAGCGGCUAAACGUGGUUCCUUCACUUGUUCCUGAAGCUUUUCCCACUGCUGGUUUCAAGAAGUGGGUAACGAAUAUCUUAUCGACCACUCAAGUGAGCCAAAAUGUGAUCCUGCUGGCGCUUCUCUUCAUCUACAGGUUGAAGAAGUUCAAUCCGGCGGUGCGGGGAAAGAAAGGCAGCGAGUUCAGACUGAUGACCAUUGCCCUAAUGCUGGGAAACAAAUUCCUGGAUGAUAACACAUAUACGAACAAGACAUGGGCCGAGGUCUCCGGCAUACCAGUGCAAGAAAUUCAUGUCAUGGAAGUUGAAUUCCUCAGCAACGUUCGAUACAAUCUCUAUGUGUCGGAGGAAGAGUGGGCUCAGUGGCAUACGAAGCUGGGCGUUUUCUCGGACUUUUUCAACAGGGCAUCUGUGAUCCCAGAAGAGACCGAUUUGAGCCCCACAACCCCCUUGCUCCGCAUCUCUCCCACCCUUCGACCAACUCCCCAGCUGUCGUCAUCGACUCCGUCCAAGCUGCCCUCACCACCUGCAUCCGACUCUAUGCGUCUACAGCCAACCUGGAAUCUGCCAACAAAUGGACCCUCGUACACAUCGCUUCCUCAACUGGGUACCGAUAUCCAGCUUGCCAACCCUCGCAAGCGGACCCGGGAGGGCCCAACCGAGGACCACCCUGCGAAGAGAAUGGCGAUGCCUCAGAUAAUUCCACCGACUACUACUCUUCCACCCUCUUCAACCUUGACCAGUAUCCCGUCUUUGCCGCCAGUUGUUACCCCGACCUCGGCACCGGCAUAUCAACCUUUCAUUCCUGGUCCGGUCUCCCAUCUACCGCGUCCCAACCUCCCUACCUCGUCACACAACUUGGUUCCGACCAUUUCCACUUCUACCCCCCAAAUUCCUUCCGCUGGCCGUGCUAUUCCUUCUUCCGCUCCAUAUACUUCUUCCACGAAUUGGGCCGCGCAUGUUUCCCAGGUAUCGCAUGCACCAGCAGUGCCACCGGUGACUAGUGGUGUUUACACGACUCCUAUCUCUCUCCCAGACCCUGCACGGUACCACAGCAGUCCCUAUGGAGUUUCAUCCGUAACCGUGUCGCCAGCGGUAUCUGCGUACUCUGUUCACACGCCACAAACGCAUCUUUCUCCUUCUUUCUUUUUGGCGAACCGGAACUCGCCGUAUCGGCCUGUUCGGGCGGUCAAUACCCUGUUGAUCCCGCCCCCAUCCACUUCUCUUCAGCAGCAGCGGAGUGUUCCAUUUGAUCAUAUGCACUACCAGCCACUUGGGAAGACGGCUGCGGAGCGGCGCACAGGACCAGUGCCCUAUCUUCAUCAUGAAGCUUGGCCACAAGGACCAUUCGUUCAGCCGAACUUCCACCCUACUCCCAACUACUCGAUCUGA